AUGUUGAGACUCAAUAUGACGGUGGCGCCGACUGCGGGAGAAAGGAAUCAGACAGGGAGCAGAUCUCGUGACGUUGGCGACCGAUCCGAUAGCGAUGAGGAUGCAAACCUCCUGCCGGUGGUGCGUGGCAUAGGCGGAGAAGCUCUCAUGGAUCUGUUGGACACCUUCAUCACGUCGGUCCUUAUGGCGUUGGUGCUGUCACAGGUGAUGACCAUGGCGAUUUUUGGAAAUGUUCCGAGGGUCGAUGGCCAGCUGGCAAUGACGAGGGCUUUUGGAGACGAGAAGGUAAUGAAACACAUAACGGUCGAACCAGAUGUCACCAUCGAGAAAAUUGAUGAAGAUAUUGAAUAUGUCAUAUUGGCGAGUGAUGGCCUUUGGAAGGUGAAGGUAAUGUCAAGUGAAGAAGCUGUGGGUUGCAUUCAAGGGUUGAAAGAUGAGCAAGAAUCAGCCGAGAAGCUGAUUGAGGAGGCGCUUUCGAGGGAGAGCAAAGACUAUAUUUCAUGUGUUGUGGUCAUGUUUCAUUGA